AUGCGUUGUGGUCCAUUGCUUUGCCUGGCCCUCUUUCUUGCUGGAGUUGCACUGUCGGACAGCAGGAGGUUACGACGACAAGUAAAUGGCAACCCGGCAUUUUUCUGCUACUAUGCGACAUGGGCGAAAUACGGCCGUCUCCGCCCGGAAGCCAUUGACCCGUUCAUCUGUACUCAUAUCGUCGUGGCCUUCGCUGAGGUCAAGGUCAACUCUGUGACGGCCGAUAUCCAAGCUUUCGAUCAAACAGAUGAGAACGACGUAUUUCCCGCCAUGAGUGGCCUGAAGACCCGGAACCCGAAUCUGAAGAUGAUUCUGGCGGUGGGAGGAUGGAACCACGGUACCAACCGCUUCAUCAGGGUGGCUGACAACCCAGCCUUGCUAAACAGCUUUGUCAAGAACACCGUCAACUAUCUAAAGAGGUUCCAGUUUGACGGCUUAGACGUUGACUGGGAAUUCCCCACAUCCAAGAGCCAAUUCUCCCGAUUUAUCAGAGCGUUACGGACGGAAUUCAACCAACCGGGGAAUUCUCACUUGAUCUUGACAUCGGCCAUGUCUGCUGGUGAGGCGGCGAUCAUCAGUGGCUAUGACAUUCCGGACCUGGCCAUUACGCUGGACUACGUGCUGUUGAUGAGCUAUGACCUGCACGGAGGCUGGGAGGGUAAGACUGGACACAACAGCCCGCUGUUUGCGCGCUCGACAGAGGUGUCCUGGAGAGCACGAUUAAACACAGCAUGGGCUGCUAACGAAUGGUUCCGUAAGGGAAUGCCCCGCAGUAAGAUAAUCAUCGGUAUGACCACAUACGCCCGCCGUUUUACCUUGAGAGACCCGGCUGUUCAUGGUGUCGAAGCUCCGGCUGAAUGGUGGAACGUUAUACUGAACUAUGCCGAGGUAUGCUCGGAAUUCUUGCCUGGAAGUACCAUUGUAUGGGACGCUGAAAGCCAGGCGCACUACGCCUAUAAAGGAAAAUUAUGGCUGAGUUUCGAUAGUGUGGAUUCUAUACGAGCUAAGACGAAAUGGCUGAUGCAGAACAGAUUUGGUGGGGCUAUGGUGUGGACCAUGGAUCAGGACGACUACUCUGACAAGUGUGGCCAAGGCUUCAACCCGCUUCUCAGCACUAUUAAACAGGAACUCUUUGGUGACAAUGGUGUAACAGUGUCGCCGUUCCCUGGCCAGUUGUCAACUGUCACAGCCAACCCCGGCGGAGGCACCCCACCCACUACCAGACCGACUAGUACAACAACAACAAGAAGGAUUAUCACACAAGGUUCUGUCGACUGUUCAGUAGACCCUCCAGGCGAUUACCCCAUCACUGGAGAGUGUUCUGCCUUCAUCAAGUGUGCCAAUGGACAGGAGUUCAUUUUCCUCUGCCAAGACACAUUGUUUUACGAUCCGGAACUUUCCCGAUGUGAUUUUGAGAAGAAUGUCAAACCCAAAAGAUCAGACUGUCCUUGGUCGAGUUCAGCCAGAACGGCAACAACAACUACGCAAUCGCCAAGAGCCACUACCAGACGGAAUCGCGCGAAUACAACCACAUUACGGCCAAGAACCACUGCCAGACAGGACCGUGUAACUACAACCACGCGGAGAGCAACAACAACAACACUAGCUGGUCAAGUUGACUGCUCCGUUGUUUCACCUGGCAACCACAUUUUCAGGGGAGACUGCACCAGGUUCUUCCAGUGUGCGAAUGGUUUUCUCUUCGUAAACGUCUGUCCACCCGGUCUGCUGUACGACUCCAUCUCUGACCGCUGUGACUGGCCAUUCCUCGUCAAAGAGAAGAGAUCAGACUGCGUGUAG